AUGAAAAAAAUAAAUUUAUUAGUAAACAAAUUAAAAAAUGUUUUUACAAAGAAGAAUAAUAAUCAAGUUCAAUCAUCUAUACUAAGAAAUAUUAAAAUGCAAAAUAUAUACUCUAACGAGAAAGUUAAUAAAAAGGAGCAUUAUAUUUAUUUUAAAGAAUAUGAUAUAAAAACAAAUAAUUGCAAUUAUAGGCAGGUAAUAAAAACUAAAAAGUUGUUUAAAAUUGGAAACAAUAAUAAAAAUAUUGUUUUAUCCAUUUGUAUUGGUUCUAUUUCAAGUAUAAUUUUAUUUGUAUUUUUUAUAUCAACAAAAUGGAAUAAUUAUGAUUAUUAA